AUGAGGAUGAUGAUGAAGAAGGAAGGCAGAGUUUUGGUGAACAAACCUGUGGUAAUGGUACCCGAUGAGUUGAUGUUUGAGAUUCUAUCUAUGUUUCAGGGAGGAGGGAAUCGGCGGCGGCUGAGUUUGGAAGGAAGAAGGGAUCCGAAUCUGGGCGGCGCACAGUCAAAUUCGCUUUUCCGGAAUCGACUUCUACCCAACCUUGUAUUACACCGGGCAGAAGACAUUCAUGACCCCACAUACUUGUCCUCAACUCUGGUUAGGCUUACGGAGCCUUCCACAAAAGAUGAAGAAGAAUCCAGAUACCUAGUCCUACUAAGGACUGAUCCUGAUCACGGUCGCAGGAACGGUGGAAGAUUGACCGAAGUGGUUAACGGUCUCGGUAUGAGGAUUCCUGUUCCUGUGGCUUAUACUUGUUUUCCAGUACCAGUAUCAUCUACUCAAAGAUUUCAUCUUGGCUUCGACCCUGCAACUAGGAUGUAUAAAUUGCUGAGGUAUGGCAUACAGCACGUAGGUUGGCUUUAUCGGAGGAUGCAAGUGGAGAUAAUAACCUUAACAACCUUGAUGCCACCCUCUUCUGCUUCAGUAUGCACAUGGAGGAAGCUGGAGCUGGACAAUAACUCUAGUUGUGGUUAUAUUUCCACAACAAGUGUAUCAACUGGUGAUGGGUUCUUAUGGUCCGAGUUAAAUGAUUCGCUAAUAUCUUUUGAUCUCAACAAGGAGAAGUUUAAAGUGAUUAAGCUUCAGGAUAAUGUUGCAAAUAUGAUACGAACCCAUAGCCUCAGUUUCAUUCGAUCAAUGGGAUGCCCAGCCAUACGGAUUGUGCCUGAGCCAGCUAGAGGUUCCAGAUAUUUUACACUCUUUCUGUUUGAAAAUGAUGGAAGUAACAUAUGGAUGACUCAUAAUGUACAAUGGCCCCCAGAACUCGGGAUAUUGGAUCAUAUUGUUGAUUUGGGAAACCUUCCCACUGGUGAGAUUUUGUUGAUGAAUAGGGUGCACAUCAAUCAGGAACGUCACGAGUCUCUUUAUUCUUAUAAUCAUCACACCACUAGGUUUCAUCGUUUUCAAGUUGCAGAGGUCCUAGGUUAUGCUCGUGAUAUUGUUGUGCGUGGUUCAACCAGCAUUAGUGCCAAGAUAUCUUGUUUAUAUGAUAAUGGUAGUCUUUUUUUACCAUUGGAUGAUAAACUAAGCAGUGUUUCUCAAGAGAGGUGGGCAUGUGAAGUGAUGGAAACUUUGCCACCAAGAUCUGACUUGUGUAUGAACGUUCCUGCAAUGAUGCUCACAAGGCUGAAAGCACUUUUGGCGACUUCUUGUCUGACAGUGCAUUGCUAUUUGUAUGACAUUGUCUCAUCAGCUGGUGCAACUUGGGGAUAA